AGGUUCCUCAAAAAAUAAUAAUCUUAAGCAAAAUCAUUGGAACGAAUAUUAACCAAUGAUGCCCAUUGGGCUCAGUAUGAAGUCCAUCACUGAGGCCCACUCAGCCCAGAUACCCUUCCCCAACCUCCCGCGAAACCAAAUCCCAGCCGUACAUCCCGACACCGUCCCCCGAAAUCGGCCCGUCCAAACAGCAUCCCCUGUGCCCGCAGAACCCCGCAACGUCCAGGGGCAUUUCCGUAACUGCACCCGCCAAAACCCUAGGCGCGCGCGAGCCUCAGCCAGCCGACCCGGUCGCUCCCCGUCCCGGUCCGCACGGAGGCAGCCGUAUAAAACGCUCUCCUCCCACCCCACCCGGCGGUUACCUCACCACCGCACGGCAGCGCACACGGCACCGACGACAACGAGCCAUCGACGCAACCGCCGCGCCCGGACACAACUGCCGCUCAGCUUAAGGGAAGCGAGAGAAGGAUGGACCGGUACCAUAGGGUGGAGAAGCCGCGGGAGGAGGCGCCCAUCAAGGAGAACGAGAUCCGCAUCACCACGCAGGGGAGGAUGCGCAACUACAUCACCUACGCCACCGCCUUGCUCCAGGACAAAGGUUCCGAUGAAGUAGUAUUCAAGGCCAUGGGAAGGGCUAUCAACAAAACCGUCAUGAUUGCAGAAUUGAUUAAGAGGAGGAUUGUUGGCCUCCAUCAAAAUACUACCACUGGAUCUACUGAUAUUACCGAUAUGUGGGAGCCAUUGGAGGAAGGCCUACUUCCGCUUGAGACAACAAGGCAUGUCUCUAUGAUCACUAUAACUCUUUCAAAGAAGGAGCUGGACAAGUCCUCGGUUGGAUAUCAAUCUCCUUUGCCUGCUGACGAGGUUAAGCCUUUGGUUGAAUAUGAUAAUGAUGAAGCUGCAUCCUCCCCUGCUGGCCGAGGGAGGGGCCGUGGAGGUCGAGGUCGUGGGUGGGGCAGGGGAAGAGGUGGGCGUGGAAAUGGGUACAAUGACUAUGCCGACGGCAGUUGGGAGAAUGACCAUGCACCUCCAUAUAUGGGUAAUGGGUAUGCCCGUGGAAGAGGCCGUGGUUUCAGGGGCCGUGGCAGGAGAGGCGGCUACGGUGGCCAGUCUGAUUACCAUCAGGAUGGAGGCUAUUACGAUGAGGCACAUGUUCCUGCACCAGCCCGAGGUCGUGGUCGAGGUGGUGGCCGUGGGAGAGGCCCAGCAAGAGGCAGAGGACGUGGUGGCAAUGCAAACGGCGUGAUGCAUGCUGUUGCGGCCGGUGCAUAAGCUGUUUGUUAGUUGGAUGCCCGCUCCAAAUAUGAAGAUGUAUCAUCUGUGUUGUUUAUCAGUUAACAUUAUACUUUGUAUAAGCUUGACAUUCUCUGUCAGAAUGCAGCCGCGUUUUGAUAUUUAACUAGGUUUGUAGGGUAGCGUAAUUACAAUGCUCCCUUCUUUCCAGUAGAUGUCGUAAACUAAUUGUAGUAUUCCGUUCGUAAAGGUUUAGAGCAGGGCAUUCUUUCAUUUUUUUUAAUAUAAGGCGAAGUGUUGUUCCUCUGUUGCAAUGUGCAAACUUCUGUAUGCUUUCUUCGAAAAUGUAAGUUCAAUUUACAUUUGGAUGUCUUUGUCA